AUGGAAACGGACCUGGCGUAUGAGGUAUUGGCGGACUAUUCGCUGCAAGAGACUCCUUUCUACGAGGCCCCGACACCGACGGCAGCUGUUAGUGUCAACCUCUAUCCUCCACCCAACAAUACCCAUUUGGAAAGUAGCCAACAACAACCACGUAAUACCGGCAAUAUUAAUCGUCGUUACGAUUCGGCGUAUGAUCGGUCACUGGCAACUUCCAUGUUAACCGGCAAAAUGCAACUCAUGAACACCAGUAGUUCAGCUGGAGCGGGCACAAACAUCGGCGCAACAGUGCUGCACGGCGGGAUGCAUCACUCGGCCAGUCAUCAAACAAUCCAGCAAAAUCAACAUCAGGCAGGAAUAGCGCUGGUUCCGAUCGGUGUGCCUAACCUCAACUCAGGAUCAUCGCUAACGUCGUCCAUUAGCAGUGGCAGUAGCGGCGGCAGCCUGAUCAGACCGAAGAAAAUGAAAAAAUCCGUCAGUUUUCUGCCGACAUUCGUACAGGGCUGCGAUGGGGAUUCUGGUCCAAUACAACUCAAGCAGGAACCAUUGGAUGAUGGACCUAUACGCAACAUACAGAAGGUGCCGAGCCUGUCCGAUCUGUCCGACCCCGAGGCAUCACUUGAUGUACCGACACAGAUGCCGCCAUUGACGCCUGGUACGAAUAAGAAACUAACUGAAGUUCUGUACGCUUCUUUCGCAUCCUGGGAGAAGGAAGUGCAGACAUUCAAAAUCACCAAAGAUCCUCGGCAAUGGACAGCGGAACAUGUGUUAAUUUGGUUGAAUUGGUCGAUCAAAGAAUUCUCCCUGGAAGGGGUCAACAAGGAACCGUUCCAAAAGAUGAGUGGCCGCGACAUUGUCGGUCUCGGUCGCGAAGGAUUUCUGGCGAUUGCUCCACCAUUCACUGGCGAUAUUCUGUGGGAACAUUUGGAAAUACUACAAAAAGAUUGCGAAAAGGCGCUACUAGACCAUUCUAUUGGUGGUAGCGGCGUGUACGAUGCGUCCUGCGGCCAGGCGACUGGCGGUGUUGGCGUUAACGAACUCAAUGAGUACAACAGUACCCUUCAGCGGUUAAGUGGCCAGCAGCAAGAAUUCGGAAGAAGCUCUAGCAGCAAUAACAACAACAGCAGUAAUACUCCAGCAUCUACCUCCAGUACUACUCCCGGUACGACCACACCGAAUAGCAGCAGUACCACCAACACCAACAGUGGCGGCAAUGGAGGCUACGGUUCGGUGCAUGAUCGUAGUACCAGCGAUCGGUCACCACCACCACCACUAAUAUCGUCCAGUGGGGGUAACGUACCGAAUGGUAGCACCAACGGCAGCAGUAGUACAUCCUCCAUGACAUCCUACCUGUCAUCUCUCGGUUCAAGAGGCCCACUCAGUGGGGGCAAUGGAUCCGGCGCAGCGGGUUCCGUCUAUCACCAGCAGUCUGGCAGUGGUGGUGCUAUGAAGGAAGAGCAAGAGCCAAACAGUUUCAUCAACAUUGACGAUCUGCCGAACUAUGGGGUCGUACCGGCACAUUACGACGAGCAGGAUCAAUACCACUCGCUGCCGGCACCCGAAACACAAACGUCCUCGCACGGAUACCUCGAAAACAGUCCCGAGUUUUACUCAGCCAUUCAGAUGGAGCAGAAGUACAUGCCGCCGCACUACAAAUCGGGUCCCUACACUAGCCGAGGUGGGCGCUACCAUCAGCCGCAUCAUCACAGCAGUAGUGCUGGUGGCACUGGUGGUGGAGGUGGUGGGGGAGGAUCUGGGAAUCAACAUACGCAGCAGCAACACCAUCAGCAGCAUCCACAACAGCAACAGCAGCAGCAGCAGCAACAACAGCAGCAGCAACAGCAACAUCAGCAUCACCAUCCCCAUCAUCAUUCGCAUCACCAUGCGCACCAUCAUCCUGCCAGCCAUCAUCAGACAGCUCAUCACACGGACAGUGGAUAUCCGGAGUAUGGUUCACCGUACGACACUCCUCCGUUCCAGACUGUUCCCAGUAAUACAACAUCACCUCAGAGCUCGGCCGCAUCCGGCAACGGAGCUCCAGGUGGUGGUCCCGGAGGCGGUAACGGGGGUAACAACAACAACGGAGACCUGCUCGGUGGUCACGUGGUAGAUCCGUGGAGCUUGCACCAUCCCGGGCAACAUCCGCACGGCGGCGCGCCCCACCCAUUGUUGGACUUUCAGCAUCCGGCGUACAUGGGGACGACGAUGGGCUUCGACAAGACGAUGCUAGGCACGUACGGGGCGCAAGGCGGUGCACCGUGCUUUACCGGUUCCGGACCAAUCCAACUGUGGCAAUUUCUUCUGGAACUGCUCACGGACAAAACCUGCCAGAGCUUUAUCUCCUGGACCGGAGAUGAAUGGGAAUUCAAGCUUACCGAUCCCGAUGAGGUCGCACGGCGAUGGGGUGUCCGAAAGAACAAACCAAAAAUGAACUAUGAAAAGCUAAGCCGUGGCCUCCGGUACUAUUACGAUAAGAACAUAAUCCACAAAACGGCCGGCAAACGAUACGUGUAUCGAUUUGUAUGUGAUCUUCAAACAUUGCUGGGCUACUCAGCGAAACAGGUGCAUGAAAUGGUUGAUCUCAAGCCUGACAAAAAGGACGAUGAAUAG